AUGCAGGAAGAAGUGACAAGAAGAAAAAGUGCGAACUCACAGCGACUACAUAGCACCCGGUGUCGGAAGGGUCUUCAGCGACGACCUGCCCUAAGCUCCCUUUCGUCGUUCCCAACGCCGUCGGCAUACUCAUCGGACCACCUUUGCAAGAUGCAAAUCUUCGUCAAGACCCUUACGGGAAAGACGAUCACCCUUGAGGUGGAGUCUUCUGACACCAUCGACAACGUCAAGGCCAAAAUCCAGGACAAGGAGGGUAUCCCCCCCGAUCAACAACGCCUCAUCUUUGCCGGCAAGCAGCUCGAGGAUGGCCGAACUCUUAGCGACUACAACAUCCAGAAGGAGUCGACACUGCACCUGGUGCUCCGUCUCCGUGGUGGAAUCAUUGAGCCCUCCUUGAAGGUGCUGGCGUCAAAAUACAACUGCGACAAGCAGAUCUGCCGCAAAUGCUACGCACGUCUACCUCCUCGUGCCACCAACUGCAGGAAGAGGUCAUGCGGUCACUCUUCGCAGCUCCGCCCGUGA